CUGCCGGAGGCGCAGUCACGGCAUCGCCCUGCUCGCCCAUCCGGCCGCACUUCUCUUUCCAUUCGCAUCCUUCCCUGCUCCUCCUCUCCUUCUCCCUCCCCCCGCCGGCUCUGCAUCCAUCUCCCCCACCCCGUCAUCCCCUCCUGCAUCCAGCCGCCGGGGCUAUGGCCGCGGAAGAGGUAUUGCAGACUGUGGACCAUUACAAGACCGAGAUAGAGAGGCUGACCAAGGAGCUCACGGAGACGACCCACGAGAAGAUCCAGGCUGCCGAGUACGGGCUGGUGGUCCUGGAGGAGAAGCUGACCCUCAAGCAGCAGUAUGACGAGCUGGAGGCUGAGUACGACAGCCUGAAACAGGAGCUGGAGCAGCUCAAAGAGGCGUUUGGCCAGUCCUUCUCCAUCCACCGUAAGGUUGCUGAGGAUGGCGAGACUCGGGAGGAGACGCUUCUGCAGGAGUCCGCGUCGAAGGAGGCUUACUAUCUGGGGAAGAUCUUGGAGAUGCAGAACGAGCUGAAACAGAGCCGGGCUGUGGUCACUAACGUGCAGGCAGAAAAUGAGAGGCUCACGGCCGUCGUGCAGGACCUGAAGGAGAACAAUGAGAUGUUGGAGCUACAGAGAAUACGGAUGAAGGAUGAAAUACGAGAAUACAAGUUUCGGGAGGCCCGCCUCCUUCAGGACUACACCGAAUUAGAAGAAGAGAACAUCACGUUGCAGAAGCUGGUGUCCACGUUAAAGCAGAACCAGGUCGAAUAUGAAGGCUUAAAGCAUGAGAUUAAGCGGUUUGAGGAGGAGACAGUUCUGCUCAACAGCCAGCUGGAAGAUGCCAUCCGGCUGAAGGAGAUCGCCGAGCACCAGCUGGAGGAAGCCCUGGAGACCUUAAAAAAUGAGAGGGAGCAGAAAAAUAGCCUGCGGAAGGAGCUCUCGCAGUACAUCACCCUCGGAGACAACCACAUCGGCAUCUCGGUAGAUGGACUCAAGUUUGCUGAGGAUGGGGCUGAACCGAACAACGAUGACAAAAUGAACGGGCACAUCCACGCGCCCCUCGUGAAGCUGAACGGAGACUAUCGGACUCCCACUUUAAGGAAAGGAGAGGCCCUGCACCCUGUUUCUGACUUAUUCAGUGAGCUGAACAUUUCAGAAAUACAGAAAUUGAAGCAGCAGCUCAUGCAGGUAGAGCGGGAAAAGGCUAUUCUUCUGGCCAAUCUCCAGGAGUCCCAGACGCAGUUGGAACACACCAAAGGGGCGCUGACAGAGCAGCAUGAACGGGUGCAUCGGCUCACGGAGCACGUGAAUGCCAUGAAGGGCCUGCAGAGCAGCAAGGAGCUCAAAGAGCUGGAUGGGGAGAAGGGCCGGGACUCGGGGGAGGAGGCGCAUGACUACGAGGUGGACAUCAAUGGCUUAGAGAUCCUCGAGUGCAAGUACAGGGUGGCAGUCACCGAGGUGAUCGAUUUGAAGGCUGAAAUUAAGGCCUUAAAGGAGAAAUACAACAAAUCUGUAGAAAACUACACGGAGGAGAAGGCCAAGUAUGAGAGUAAGAUCCAAAUGUACGAUGAGCAGGUUACAAGCCUUGAGAAGACCAGCAAGGAGAGUGGAGAGAAGAUGGCGCACAUGGAGAAGGAGUUGCAAAAGAUGACCAGCAUAGCCAAUGAAAAUCACAGUACCCUGAAUACAGCCCAGGAUGAGCUGGUGACGUUUAGUGAGGAGCUAGCCCAGCUCUACCACCACGUCUGUCUGUGCAACAAUGAAACCCCCAACAGGGUCAUGCUGGACUACUACAGACAAAGCAGAGUCACCCGGAGUGGCAGCCUGAAGGGGCCCGAUGAUCCCAGGGGGCUUUUGUCUCCACGGUUAGCCAGGCGGGGGGUGUCAUCCCCCGUGGAAACACGGACCUCACCUGAACCAGUUUCAAAAGAAAACACAGAGGCCAGCAAAGAGCCAAGUCCAACCAAGACCCCCACGGUCUCUCCUGUUAUUACUGCCCCACCGUCCUCUCCAGUAUUGGACACAAGUGACAUCCGCAAAGAGCCAAUGAACAUCUACAACCUCAAUGCCAUCAUCCGGGACCAAAUCAAGCAUCUGCAGAAGGCUGUGGACCGGUCCUUGCAACUGUCUCGUCAGAGAGCAGCGGCACGGGAGCUGGCUCCCAUGAUCGACAAAGACAAGGAAGCCCUCAUGGAGGAGAUCCUCAAGCUGAAGUCCCUGCUGAGCACCAAACGGGAGCAGAUUGCCACACUGAGGGCGGUGCUGAAAGCCAACAAACAGACAGCUGAGGUGGCACUAGCCAAUCUCAAGAACAAAUAUGAAAAUGAAAAAGCCAUGGUGACUGAAACUAUGACGAAACUUAGAAAUGAACUGAAGGCUUUGAAAGAAGAUGCAGCAACUUUCUCAUCCCUGAGAGCGAUGUUUGCAACAAGAUGUGAUGAAUAUGUGACACAGUUGGAUGAGAUGCAGCGACAGUUAGCAGCUGCAGAGGACGAGAAGAAGACUCUAAACACUUUGUUGCGAAUGGCUAUCCAGCAAAAGCUCGCCCUGACCCAGCGGCUGGAGGACUUAGAGUUUGACCAUGAGCAGUCCCGACGCAGCAAAGGCAAGCUUGGGAAGAGCAAGAUCGGCAGCCCUAAAGUAAGUGGGGAGGCGUCAGUCACCGCGCCCACCAUAGACACUUCCCUCCUGCAUAGUCAGGGCCCACAGACACCCAGCAUUCGGGUCCGCAGUGGCACUCAGAGGAAAAGACAAUUUUCACCUUCCCUUUGUGAUCAGAGCCGUCCCAGGACGUCAGGGGCUUCCUACCUACAGAAUUUAUUAAGAGUUCCCCCUGAUCCCACCUCCACAGAAUCAUUUCUUCUGAAGGGCCCCCCUUCCAUGAGUGAAUUCAUCCAAGGGCACCGGCUCAGCAAGGAAAAAAGGUUAACCGUGGCUCCACCAGAUUGUCAGCAGCCUGCUGCCUCCGUACCGCCACAGUGCUCACAACUAGCCGGGAGGCAAGACUGCCCGACUGUCAGUCCUGACACAGCUGUCCCCGAGGAGCAGCCACACCCCAGCUCCCAGUGCGCCCCUCUCCACUGUCUCUCCAAGCCUCCUCACCCCUAGUCUUCGCUCCCCCCGCCGACGAACACCUGGGGCCAUCAUUUUGUAGCCACACACAGGAUACUGCCCAAGAUCCACGGGGUGUUUUCUUCUCGGUGGUUAGAUGUUGGAUCGGAUUAACGUCCAUCAUUUUGGAAAGAUGGGAGAAAGUGGAGAAGAUUAACACAAAGCACAGACUCCGGUGUGAUGAAACAGUCUAUGGUUUCUCUAAGUCCCAGCUACACGUCUGCAAUCAAAUGGCUUCAGUUCAGUUUAAAUCCAAACAAAAUGAAAUAGGAAAUAUGUAUCUCAGAUGGCUGGCUUUUACCUCGAUAGCAUGAGAGAGACCUAAGACAAUGUAAAAAUACAUAUAUUGUAAAAUCCCCUUUCCUCAUCCUUCAAAUUCAGCUAGAGGAGUUGAUUCUAAUAUUUUUGGUCAUCGCUAUUUAUUUUGUAUUUUAUUUGCCACAUGAUUUAUGUCUAUAAAAAUCAUUUCAGUGAGAAGUGAACUUCACUUAUUUUUCAAGACACGUAUUUUGCUCAGUUAAGUGUGAGUUUUAAUUUCAUUGGAAAUCUGGAAUUGGCCCAGGCUGUGGUCAUUCUUCCUGCACAAAAUGCUAAAUGAGGUGCAUCGGAAUGUUAACCGGAACUGGAUUUUGCUGCUACACUGAUAGUCAUUCUGCACUUACUUUAAUCAGUAGCUCAUUAACUGCUGGGUUUUUGUUUUUGUUUUUUAAACUAGAAUUCUUCACUGGAUGUUAUUAAGUAAAUCUAAAAAAAGAGACUAUGUUAUGAUUCAUUGACUUAUUCAACUUUUGACGGCAUCUUUAAUUUUUUUUUUUAAUUGCAGACAAUUAGUUGCCCUGGUGCUGCUCCUUUGUGUGUGUGUGUGUGUGUGUGUGUGUGUGAGUGUGAGUUGAUGUUAAAGAAGGCUAAAUAACCUGAAGGGAAAAAACAAUGGUGUGUUUAUUUAAUGACAACAGAAUUUUUGUUUACUUUUCCCACAUUCAGGGUCCUACUAUGAGUCUUUCCUGCUACAAGGUAUCAAGUACAAAUGAGAAAAUAUAUACAUAUGUAGUUGUAAGUCAGCCUUUGGUUAAUUAAUUUAUCCAGAAAGUGUUCAAAUUUUGAUUAAUAUUGUAUGUUUUGUUGUUAGGUUUUUUUGCAUAAUGAAUCCUCCUUGCCAAAAAACAACAGGGGAUGAACAUUAGCUCACUGUCUACUUUUGACAAACACUCAGGUGCCUACAAGCAUUAUAUUAUAUUGAGAUAAUACAUGUUCCUAGUUAAUUUACAGAUUCUGCUGGGUAACUUUGAUGACUUAAUUUAAGGCAGUGGAUUUUCAUAGCAAAAUUUAUUUCGCACAUAACCUGACAAACAAGGAAAACAGCUAACUGAGCUGAAAGGUCUAACGCUCUCGGGCUCCUUAACUGUGCUGCCCACACACCUGCUCCUAGCCCUGAUUCCUUGUCUAGUCAGGUAGCCUUAACUUGUUUAAAACCAGGACAGUUGACCUUUUCAUGUAAUGAUAACCUGUAACUUCUCUUUGAAACAAACAGUCCUCACUAUUAACACAAAAGGUAGUUAACAAGCAGGGCUUGGGGAAGGGUAUAGCUCAAGUGGUACAGUGCUUUCUUGGCAUCCACAAGGUCCUGGGUUCAAUCCCCAGUAACCCCUCUAAAAAAUAAAUAAGUAAACCUAAUUACCUUCCCCCCCCAAAACAAACACACGAUGCAGGGCUCUAACAAUGGUGGCCUAGGAGGAGCCACUCAGCUUACUGAGCAAAAGCAGGUGGUGCACUAGCGGAGUGGCCCAUCCCAGAUGGCAGCCCAUGGGUAAGUUACCAAGCACAGGGUCGGAGCUCUCAUCAGUCACACACCUGUUAGAGGUCACUGUUACCAAAGCAACCAAGAGAUUUUUUGAGUUCCUUCUACGAGUGCUAUUUUCAACAGUGUCCUUUAUUAUGCAACUUGGGGUAGUUGGAGAUUUUCACCAAGAUAGGGAUUCAGGUUAAAAUACAGAAAAUCAAGUCAGAUCGCCAUCAAGUCCUGAUCAUGGCAGCCUAACCUUCUGCCCGUUGCCUUGUCUUCCUAGACAUUGUCUUCAUCUUGUUGGUGGUGUAUCUGCCAGCCACCAGCGUCAGUGAGACAGUGUGGGUUUUAUUAGAGUUCAGUUAAAGGAAGCUCCGCAACUCGCUUUUUCUUUUCUCUUCUUUUUCAAGCGUCUUGUGUUUGGACCUGAGACGUGGCGUAGCUGCUAAGUUGACUUUUAAUAAAACUGUGCCUGAGGGAAAAUAAUGCCUUUUUGAAAAGUACCUCAGAACAUCUUCCCAUGUUGCCUCGUCAGUGUCGGUGGUGGUGCAGGGAGGGAGGUUAGCAGAGAGUGUUGCCUGUGUGCGACUCGAGGGCAGUCAUGCUCCCUCACUCUGUGUUUACGACCAGCUGAAAAACUGGGUCAUAGACAAAACCAUUUAUUUCUUUCAAUAAAAAGUUUAUCAGUAAGUCUACUAUAUACUAGUUUAAUUUAAGUUCAUUAUAUUAAUAAAGUGGGAAAUGCUUGUUUUGAAGUAGUAAUUCUAUACAAAUGUGAAGUUUAGCAAAACUUUGCCAAAAAGAUAUAAAAACUGGGAAAUAAAUUUCUAAUUUUCAGCACAAAAUUAAACAACAGUCCCUAAGCAGUAAGAGAGAAUCCCAUGUAUUUUUAUGGUGGCAUCAUUUCAUGUAGUUUAAACUGAGCCGUAUCAUUUUAUUUACAGGCAUUUAAAAUGAACGAAUUUGUGUAGCAUUGGUAAAAAUCAGUACCUGUAAAGAAGCAUUAGGGUUCAAAAAGAAAUUGGGAAAUUGAAGAACUAGUGGAAAUAAAAAAGAAUGAACCUCCGUAAGACCAGUUGAAGACAGAUUUGGGAAAGAAAAACCAACUAUAAAAUAUAAUUAAAAUACUGGCUAAUUGUUGCAAACCCAGAGGGCAAAGAUAAAACGUAGCAAGAAAGAGUGGCUUAGCAAAGUAACCAGGUCGUUUUAAAAGUAAGCACAAUUACCAUACUGAAAAGAAUAGCAUGCAGAAAUGCUGUCCUGCUGAGGGUUUCUCUUAGUUAAAAAAUAAAAUAAAAAGGAGCAAUAAAUCCCCUUUGGUCUGGAUGCACAGGGGCAUACAGGACCCUCAGGUUAAACUUUCCAGUCAAUUCAUAAUUCAUCAGAUCCGUUUCUGUAUCCAAUUCUGUUUCAGUAAGAGGAAUUUGGAGAACUUUGAGGAAAUAGAAAGUUAUAAAAUAAUUUUUAGAAAGAUCUAUUUAGCAAGAUUAUACUUUAGCUUAAAGAAAAAGAGGUACAAUAGUGAUCUUUGAGAAAAGGAAAGCUAACAAGUGAUAGGUGCCAGCUAUAGAUACUAAGACUAGAAUAAGAAAAACAAAGUCUUCAGUGUGAAGGAUUUAUAUUAACUUCGGGAAGGAGAUUUUUAACAGUGGGAAAUUAAUCACUGAAAUUAAUAAUCUUAAGGAAGAUUUGUUUUUUAAAAAUUAAAUACUAUUGGUUGUCUAGUACAGAUUAAAUUAUAUGGCAAGAUAUCUUAUGAUAAUGUACUGUAAUUCUGGGAUUCCAUAAUUCUAUGAUUCUUUCACUUUAAAUUUCAAAAUACAUGAAAGGUCUACUGGUUAGUCAUAAAAUAUUUUAUCCCUUAAAAAUAGGGCAGCAAUCUUAAUUUUUUCAAGGUAUUUGACAAAAAACAAGACAGGAUUGCUGGUAUUAUUUUUUCCUUCCAGCUAUAAUUCAUAACAUCUUUAAAGUUGUCCAGAAUGUAGCAAUUUUACUAUAAAAAGCCUCAACUGUCAGAGUCUAAAAUGACAAAUGUCCUCAGGAAUACUUCAGAAAUAGAAGGUCUGCAAUCCCCCAGGGGGCAAAUGCCUCUCAAUUUUUAUCUUUUCUUAAAAGGAUCUUCAAUCUACAGUGUUUGCUUUUCUAUGCUUUGGAAAAUAUUCCUGUACAGAUAGUCAUUCUAUUUCAAACAAGCAUGUACCACCAGUCAAAUAAAUCAAUUAUGAAUGUGGACAUUUCCUGAUGUUCUAUAUUAAAUAAAAUCCUCACAAUUCUCAAGAGAAAAUUACAAAAUAUGAAAAAGGAAAGAAAAUAAGGAAGAAAUAAAUGAAAUGUAUUUUCUACUGGGAUAAGAACGGCAAAUUUAAUGUAUAAUUGUUAUCAUCCAUCAGCCAAAAGACAUAAUCUGUAUCUCAGAAAGACACAUCAUAGGAAACUAAUGGAUUUCCAGUAAGAAAGUGUGCUCGUUCAACCCAUGGAUGCCACAAAUGCACUAAUAUUAUAGAUACAAAGACUAGAUUAAAAAGGAACUCUUAGGAUAGACUUCCCAAUUUGAAAAAUUUGCCCCCUAAGUUUUUUGUUUAUUUAUAAACCAGAGUGAUUUUAAAUUGUCCUCGUAUUUAAGAUUGCAAAAAAUUUACAAGUAUAUGUUUUCAGUAAAGAGAACACAAUUCUUCAAAAAGCUGUUCCAUUGGGGUUGUGAGAGAGAGCAUGAUCAGUGCUGAUACUGACAACUUUUACCUUAAAAUCAAUUUCUAUGGACAUACAAGGCCCAUCUAGCUCCCGAGUGACCUUUUCUGUUGUCUGUAAUAACGCCCCUAGAUGAGCUGUAUCUGUAAUUUGAUUCAUCGUUAUUUUAGUGCAACGGUAACUGCCAUUGGCCCCUGAUGUAUUAUUGCAUUUGUAUCCUGAUCCUGUUAUGUUAACUCCUGAAAGAUUUCAUCUAGACAUCUCUCGUGUCCUUCUGACUCAAAGCGUAACUAACAGAUACAGUAUCAAGCUAUGUCCCCCAAUCAAGGAUUUUCCAGAAAUAAUAUUCUACUUACAAAGAAGAGCAGCAGUUAACUGCCUUUAGAGUAAGGGUGUGAGUGCAUAAAAUUAUGCCGUGUAAAAUGUUUGCAUGAGAUAUUGCACAUCAUGUAAGCUUUCCCAUAUUCACAAUAUGAACACUAUGGAAAGUCUUAUUUCUUUUGUCUCCAUUAGGAAUGUGAGGAGAUUGUUACCUGUAUCCGGUCUCCUUUCCGUAUUGAAAUGCAUGGCUCUAAUCCUCAGUGUCUUUUUAUCCCUUUCCUCUGGAGUUAUUUAGAAUUUGCCCUAUUUAAACCGAAGCCUGGGUAAACUGCUGAGCCAGAUUAUUUCCAUGACUGGAGUUUAAUUGCUGUGGAACAUCGGUUGAGAGCACAUUUUUAUUUUAACUUUUUUCCCCCUUCAGAAUGAUUCUCUGAUCAUCAGGUUAGCUAAUGAAUACACUGAGGAGUAAAUCUGCUGCUCUUUAGUGUAACUGUUUCCUUUUUUAAAAAGUCAUUUUUAAACAAAGAUUGGAGAACUAUAGAGAAAAAUGUUGUCAUGUGUUGACCAGUCAUUAUUCGAUGAUAAUGGAGAUACAGAAUGAGUCAUUUUGUUGUUUGGGUUCAAAGAUCUGAUUGUGCACCAAAUCUCAGAGGAAGUAAAUGAUUUUAACGUUAUUGCCACAAAGUUUUUAGCUCAAUGGUUUGACUGUUAGAGUCAAUUAAACAGUUCUUUGAAAGUCUUUCAUGACAUUUUUGUAAUCUACUCAGUGUUUUUAUUUGCAUGAUUAUGCAUAUGUGACGAACCAUACAUAAUUCUGACAUUGUAUUUCUUUCCAGUAUUAACAUUUGUGUAACAUGUGGCUGACCCGGAUUUGUACCCUGUAUGAUUAUUGUUGUAAUGAUCCUGCUAUUCCUACAUUUCACUGCAAUUCUGUUAUUAUGCCUUUUGGGGUUAAAUGUGAAGUGUUUCCACCUAAUGCUAACACCAUAUGAAAACACGACUAAAAGACUGACCUCAGACACUCUUCUGUUGCUAAUUAUUUUUUAAAUCCAAAUUUCAAAGGAAACUUGUUCUCAAAGACAUACGCAUUUAUUUUAAAUCCAAAAAAGUUCUUUUACGAAUUUAUUUUUGCUUGUCCUUUUUAACUUUUUUGUUGUUGACAAUCCUAAGUGAGUGUCCCAUGGGAGAAUCCAUAUAAUAUGUGCUUGUAUUUGUGUAAUCUGAUCACGCACUCAACGGUUGGAAAAGGCACUACAGUGCUAAGAAAAUAAGUGAGGCCAAUAUAUCAAUUCUUUUAUCUUCGUUUAUGUUACCAACUGAAUAUGGUGUAAUGCAUAACUCUUUCCAGUAAAUAAAAUGGUUAUCUUUGUUCAUUUCA